GUUGACGUUUUGUCUCAGUGUAUUGUUUUAGAGUAUACCGAUUGCCGUGGCUUUUUGCAAUUUUUUAAGGGUUGAAUUUUAGUCCAUUAGAUGUCGCUGUACAAUUUACAGUAGUAUCAGGUUACCGAUGUUUGUUUCCGACUCACGUGGUUUCAUACCAAAGCGAUGCCAGGAGGAGGAAAGGGGAAAGACAGAUGCAGGGAACAGGGGUGCUGCUGUCUGCGACUAGAGCCCAGAAAGAGUUUGGGCAGUGAUGUCCUGAGGUCUCAGGGGGAUUUUGAGUUCUUCAUCAGCUCAAACUCAGUGCAGUCAGCAUGAGCUCGUUUGCUGGACGCAUGAAGGAAUAUCCCACCAUCUCCCUGGAUCGAUUUGACAGGGAGAAUUUGCACGCCAGAGCUUAUUUCCUCUCUCACUGCCAUAAAGAUCACAUGAAAGGGUUGAAAGGACCUUUCCUGAAGAGAAAACUGAAGUUAAGUUUAACAGUGAAGCUGUACUGCUCAUUUGUCACAAAGGAGCUCCUGCUUAGUAACCCAAAAUAUGCAUUCUGGGAAGAUCACAUUGUGCCCCUGGAGCUGGACAGUCCAACGCACAUAUCUCUGACAGAUGAAACCACUGGAGAGUCAGAGGAUGUUGUUGUAACUCUGCUCACAGCGGGACACUGUCCAGGAUCGGUCAUGUUUCUGUUUGAGGGUGCUCAGGGUACAGUGCUCUACACAGGGGACUUCAGACUCGCUGUCGGAGAUGCUGCACGAAUGGAGUACUUGCACUCUGGAAACAGGGUAAAAGACAUUAAGAGUGUGUAUAUCGAUACCACAUUCUUUGAUCCUAAGUACUAUCAGAUCCCUAGCAGGGAGGCUUGUUUAACAGGGAUAAGACAGCUGAUCCAGGACUGGAUCUGUCAAAGUCCGUACCAUGUGGUUUGGUUAAACUGUAAGGCAGCGUAUGGUUACGAGUACCUCUUUACCAACUUGGGACAAGAGUUCAGCUCACAGGUUUUUUUCUAUUUCUUUACAACUAAUUCGUUCUGCCUAGUUUUGAAAACAUUAACAGUUUAUCUACUACAGAUACAUGUGAACAGCUUGGAAAUGUUCAAAAAAAUGCCUGAAAUUCUGUGUCACGUGACCACCAACCGGGCAACGCAGAUCCACGCUUGUAGGCACCCCAGGGAUGAGGAGUUCUUCAGGGCGAACAGGUUACCGUGCGGCACCACGUCUCCAGGUGGCAUUCCUCUGAACAUUAUCAGCAUCAAACCCUCAACAAUAUGGUUUGGAGAACGGACCAGAAAGACCUCCGUCAUUGCCAAGAUGGGGAGCAGUUCCUACAGAGCAUGCUUUUCUUUUCAUUCCUCUUACUUGGAAGUUAAGGACUUUCUAUCCUACAUUGGUCCUGUUAACAUCUACCCUAAUGUCAUUCCAUUGGGCAAGACACUGGAAGACGUCACAGAUCUGUUGAAGCCAUUGUGUAGAAAACUUACUGAAAGAGACGAGAUGGUCUACAAACCGCUUGGAGCCCUUAAAAGAACCAGAAAGAGAUGCACAUCAGAAGGUUCAGAGAGUAACGACGACUUGUUUGAUGAGGUUUCUACGGCUCCGAGGUGGCGGAAGACGAGAGUGGUUGAUCUGACCAUUAGUGCACAACCAUGUAAUCCUAAUAAAGAUUCUCACGAUACAGACCAAAUGUACUCCCUCAUACAGACCUGUCCCUCCGCACACUCAGCCAAUUACAUGGACUGCACCGAAUCAAAUGAUGACGAUGACGACGAAGAUGAUCCUGAGCAAUCUCCUGUACCUCACCCAUCUGGUCUUGCUCCUCCAUCUUGCACAGAAAUGCCAUGCUCAAAACUGACUCGUUUGGACCCGUCCCAAUCCAAAGCUGCCCAGCCUUGUUGGGAAAAGUUCUUCACGGCAGAACCGGUGUUGACGGACGAGAGCGAGUUGGAUAACAGUCAGAACAGCCACAAAACAGCCACCGAAAACACAACGUCCCAAUCGCCUGAGCUGUUUCAGGAUGAAGACGAGGAUGACAAGAGCUCCGUUCACAUGACUUCCUCUCAGUCCACUCAUAUAUCAGAUGCAGGAAUGGAGAGCCUCAGUCAAAUGGACACCGUUCUUGUCCAAGUGGAUGAAAGUAAAGCCGUUAUUUGUGAGCAGUGUAACCGAGAUGGGAUUGACACUGAACAGAAGACGGAAGAAGCCGUGGAGCUGAAAUCAGACUCUCAGGUGUCAUCAGAUUUUGAGCUUCCACCAACACCAGGUUCAAAAGUCCCACAGCCAGAAGACCUGAAGGACCUGUACAGGAAGUUGGCAGCAGGGGAGGAAGUGGUCAUAAGACAAAUGUAUUAAUUUCAUGUUCGUUUACUCGAGUAUUAUUUUUUGGUUUGUUGUACGACAGCUUACCUCAUGCAGUUUUGUACCUUUAUAAAUACUGAAUACUUUAAAUAAAUUCCUCAAGCAAUUGCGUACAA